AUGUCGGUGCUUCCAACGACCCCAGCAUAUAACAAAGAAAACAAGUUCAUGACAGACAUCAAGAAAUUUAUGAACCAAAAGAUUCGCGUCAAGUUCGAUGGCGGAAGAGAAGUUGUUGGCAAUUUAAUUGGCCACGAUGCCAUCUUCAACUUAGUGCUGGACAAAACGGAGGAAUAUAUAAGAGACCCUAAUGACAGCUACGUCAUAACGGAGAAAACCAGGAGCAUCGGUUUGGUCGUCGCCAGGGGGACAUCGAUCGCGCUAAUAACGCCAGUAGACGGCACGCAAGAAAUCGCCAACCCAUUCAUGUCAGAACAAAAGUGA